UAUAUUAGUGUUAAUCUACUAUCACCAUUUAAGAUGAUACAAUUACCAGAUUUGAGGAGAGACCCUAAAGAAACAGCAGAUCUAUGCAAUUGUCGUCCAAUAUGCAAGAGUCGUCGUCGCGAAUGGCGAGGCAAGGUCCAGAACACGUCAGCAGAGCUGUUGCUUGAGCGGAAACCUUUACCAGAGUGCUUCAGGCGAUGCCCCACGAAAGUAUUCCCGAACAGCCCGUGCCCGCUGUUCGGGCGCGCUCGGCGCGUCACAGUGAACGAGCGGAAUGCGGUGCGAGCGGCGCGCGUGGUCCGCGUUUGCCAGGCGCCGGUGGACGACGCGGCUCACACUCCGUACUUGAGGUUCGCUGAGAUGGCCAAGAAAAUUGGCGCGUGGGGCGCUGUGAAGGCGUGCUGCGCGUUCUGCGAGUGCGGCGCGUGCUGCGGAUGUUGCGCACGCGACUACGUGCCGCGCGACGCCGAGCGCGCGGCGCGCCGGCGCGACGACAUGCGCGAAUUCGACGCGCGCGUGCGCACCGACUGCUUGAAGAUGCGCAUCAUGUACGACUAG